AUGUCCUCCCUCAGCGUCGGAACACGCUUAACCCGCCUCCGCACUCGCCAACCCCGUCUCCUCCCAAGCCUAAACCUCCAAAACCCCCGAGCUCUACACAACUCCAUCACUACUACCAAUCGCAACGCCUCGAUUACAAAGCACUCCUCCCUCUGGACCCGACACACCCCAGCCGCGUGGUGCAACAAACACCUCGCCUUCCGCGCGUAUUCGCCCUCCGCCUCGCCGACAGACAUUACCGCCGACAAUCUAAUCGAAGAGCUGCAAGACCUGUAUGAGAUCGCGAAAGACGAGUUUGAGAUCGCGACGGACUCGACGGAUAGUGCGACUAUCUAUGCCGCGUCGGAUCGGGAGUCUGCGCGCGAUGCGCUGAAUCAGCUCAUUGCUGUUUAUGAGCUUUAUACGACGGGCGCGAGUGAGACGCUGAAGGGUUCUGAGAAGCAGGGUCCGGUUGUUGAGACGAAUUUUGAUGCGCAGGCUGUAAAUGGUGAUGUGCGUGGGGAGGUUAAAAAGAGGGUUGGGCAGCGGGUGAGGGAGUUGAGGAAUGCUGUUGAGAUUCUUGAGGAAAGGGCUCAUGAUGAUUAG